AUGGUGCUGCAGGUUUUGGAAGCUGCGCAUGAACUGGGAAUGGUCAUGGUCGUGAGCAACGCACACACACGCUGGCUCCGACUCAGUCUCGACAAGCUGAUGCCUCGUGUGAACCAUUCUCCGCAGCAUUCUAACUUCUACAACAUCCUGGCCUUCGGUGAUCAGGCCCACGAUCGAUUCGCAUUCUUUACUGCGGCCGAGAACGUUAUUCGACGUCACCAAACAGAGGCCUGCAGACAGAUGCAGCAACAACAGCCAUCAGAGCAAUUGCCUUGUUUCCUGGAACCAGAGGAAAUCUUCACUCCUGCAUGCGCUGCCUUUAGUCCAGCCGAAGUUUCUUCACUUACCGGUAGAUGCAGCGCUGCCGUCGCAAACAGCCAGGUUCGAGGGUUCCCAGUAAAUUCCCAGCAUUUUCAGGGAGGUUCGCCUGUUUCGAAUGCCUCUGACUUGCUGGAAAGUCGGUUCGAAGUCGUUGUUGACUUUGACAGCGAGCGACUCCAGCAGCAGGUACGGCAGUUGCAGGUUCUGCAGCAGCGGCAAUUCCCUCUCCCCCUACGCCAACAGCUCCAGCCGCUCCUGCCCUUCGCCGAGCAAAGUUCCGCUGUCAGUGAGCGGCUUCUGUGGCACUUUCGCUGCCCAGAGUCACCCUUGCAGCCUCAUGCCCCGGAAACGCUGCUGCUCCGCCGUCUGAGUCGGUCAAGCAGCGACAGCAAGUCCGAUGCUGUAGAGGUCGAACGAAAGAGCGAUGGCAGAGACGUAGACUCACAACAGGCAGAGCAGCAGUGUGAGAGUCCCGCCGAACCCGGCGACACAACCGCACACAAUGACACAGGACACUCUCUAGAAAGACGGCAAAAUGUCGCCAACCGAAGCAGAAGGCGUCGGCUGCGGCGACCCGGCUCACACAACCGUCCCGGGGAUAGCAAUUUUCACUACAGAAAUCCUGCAGAUUUGCGACACUGCGUGAAGCCGAGUAACACAGUGAAAACGAGAACUCAGGCUCAGAAGAUGGAGCAGGGCCAGCAAACGGACGCGCGGCAGGGAGGUUGCGUUGAGGCGCCAGCCGAGCACGACAACUACGGAAAUUCUGCGGACUCCAAAUCGGUAUAUCUUAAGAGCGUCCGUCUGAUAGCCGGACCGUCGGCUGCUGAGCUAAGCCAGCAGCUGGCUGUGCUGGCGACUUCCCUUCGGCGUCUGGCAGAGUCUCCGUCUUUCCACGAUUUGCAGGUGCAGAACGACUCUUUCUCCCAAAAAGCGGUUCUUCUUCCCGGCCUCUUAACAUCACAGACAGAGUCGACGGCAGCUGCUUCUGUUGCAACUGCGGCAUCUGCUAUGGCCACAGCUGCUGUCACAGCCGCGAGAGCCGCCGCUACGGCAGCUGCUGCCGUUCGAAGAGUGGCAACACCAGUUGCUGAUUUGUCUGCUCCAGUUGAGGCCGUUUUGGCUGCCUCAGCGAUGGCAGCUCAAGCCGCUGCCACUGCAGCAGCUUCUGCUGCGGACGCCUUUGCUGUCACGGCGGCAAGGGGCGUCGAGGCUGGCGUCGAGACAGAACUCACUCCCCUGCCUCCUGAGGCAGAUUUCAUUCCUCUGUCGCCUGAGGUUAAAGAGCAGGUCCGCCAGCCAGAGCAGCUGACUCGGAUAAACCACCUUGCCAAGCACUUCGCAGAAUGGCGGCGAGUCGCGACGGAGGGAAGAGAGGCCGCAAAAAGGGAAAGCGAGGCCGGCAGCACAAACACAGCAGACACGAUGAAUGUUGCUCAGAACGCGGGAGAACGGGUACUGAGAGUGGCGCAGCAGCGAGGGAAUAGAAUGGAAGACGCAGCGCGUAUCCCUGUCGGUGGACCUUUUACCCUAAGAACGAGCACAGAAGAACUGGACGAGUUCGGAAUCAUGGAGGAAAAACUCCUGAGGAGAAGAAACAUCCGCCGAGGCGCCUCGAGGAAGUGA